AUGAUGGAAGGAACAACUGAAUUUCCCCAAACCCAAAUGAUCUGCUACCCACCACCAUCUAAACGCCGUUUAUCUCCAACUUCUAGUCCAAACAACAAAUUACAGCAAACUAAAAAGGAGAAUAACAAUCUCGCAGAAGUCUCGAUAGAAUACUCUAGGAGAAGAAGCCUCCCGAAGGUCAACAUCCCUAAGAUCCACAAGAACAACAACGUUCGCUACGACAAUGAUGCCAUGAUCUUCAACAAAGGCAGAUUCCAAUUUACAAUUAUUGGAAGCCCUCAACGACAGAACAAUGGGAAUAUGUAA